AGGUGAGAAGAUGUAUUUUACUUUUCUUUUUGUCUCGAAGAAGAAAGCUCUUCCCCCUUUACGACAUGGAUCUGUUAAUCUCUACUUUUUUCUUCAUCAUCAGAUUAUCCUCUUCCGAUCGAAAAACAAUAAAUGGGAAACUAGAAGGAAAAACAGGAUAAAGAAAAACAGUAACAAGAAAAAGGGCAAAACAGGAUAAAGAAAAAGGUCCUACCGGGAGUCGAACCCAGGUCGCAGGAUUCAAAGUCCUGAGUGCUAACCACUACACCAUAGAACCAGUUGGGAUUUUUGGUGUUUUUUAAAGGGAGAUGUUGAACUAGAACUGCAGUGCAAAUGUGAUUACUUAUCCUUUUUGAUAUGUGGAUCUUGCAACCAACAUAAAUCUCAAGUACAAGCCUGCAGAUUCAUAUUAUUAAGCGGUGGCUUAUUAGCUGUGAUAAAUAUUCAAUUUAUGAGUGCAAAGGUUGGUGCAGUAUAUCCAGAUCGCAGUGUUAAUAAGAAAACUUAAAGGGACAUCUACUUCUAGUGUACGAGUUCCCCUUUGGAACUCGUACAUAUAGGAGAAUUUUAACUACUUGUCGGUUACACAUGUGUUUCAUGGUAUGUGCAAACAGGGAGCCAGGGGAAUUAUUCAUUAUUGGAUGACUCUUACUUAGGUCAUCCACCUCCAAUGACCCGAACGAUUUUGAGUAGCACCCACCUGUUUUUGGUCAGUUAUUGUUUGCUUAGUAGUUAUAAGCCUCUUCUGUAAAAAGAAAAAAUUUAAUUGCCGCAGAAUUUCUUUUUGUUGGUAAUAUUCUUAAAUUUCAAAUUCAUGAUGGUGAAGAGCUUCGUCAUCGAAGGCUGACAGGUUGCGUUGGGUGAGAUGACUGAGCUACUACAUGGAGAUUAUAACGCUGAUCAAUUGCCAAAGGGGUUGGUUCUUUUUAUUUUCAUGUAUACAAUUCACACAUCUUUUUAUGGUUUUUGGGAGUUGACAAGUUUUACACCAUCACUCGAAUCACCGCGGCAGAAACUUAGAUUAUGCCCUUUCAAUAUGAAUAAACAAUGGAUAACUGUAGAGCGAGUGAUCCUGGCCUGUUAAGCGUUCAAGCUGUCAUUGUGACUACUAAUACUUUUAUGUGAAAUAUAUUUUGAAGCACAAAAGGGGUUGGUUCAACAGCGCCAGAUCCAUCAGAGUUUGAAGCUGUGCCACUUGGGAAGCCAAAAAGACAACGAGACCGAAAGGGUGAAUUGUUGCACAACGAGUAUAUGGUCUACAAUGUGGAUCAGAUUCAAAUGCGGUAUCUAAUUUUAACUACAAAUGGUGAUGUGCAGAACAGUUAGCAGUCCAUCCAAAACUCAUCCGUGAUUGAGAAACCUCUCAUUUAGCGGGGUGGAGUAUGUGAAGAGUUCAUACGAUAUAAAGGCAAGGUGGUCUUUUUUUGGUCUUGAAUCUGUCUAGCGGUUGGAGUAUCCAAGGAUUCAGCGGUGGUAUGUCCUUGUAGUUAGAGAUUUAGAGAUUUAAUCCGCAUAGUGUCAGGACCAUUGGUGCAGAACAGGCAAAAACAACUAGCUUUCUGGCAGUAUAUUCCAAUUUUGUCACACUAGUAGGAGAAAGUCCCCUGCAAGCAUUUCAGUUCUGAAUAAAGAACUCUGGGAGGAAGUGUAGUUUUCCAAAAACCUCUCCAGGAGAUGGAACUCUGAGCUACACGAUAACUCUUGGAUUGGCUGCUUGUUUGAAUGGCUUUAUGAGCAAAUUUGACAGUAAAAAUGUCAUUUGAGUUCGGUUUCCACAAAAGUUUAUCCAUCUUGUGCCAGAGACAGGAAUUCUAGUUGAACAAAUAUCUUCUACAGUCUCUUGUCAAUUAGAGAAUUCUAGUUGAACAAAUGUCUUCUACAGUCUCCUCUUGCUGUGCGAUGAUACCGGAAUUUUGCAGAGACGGCCGAAAUUGACUACUUUGCCCUUGACCUGCGGGAUGAGCUCCUCCUAGUUAACUGGGAUAUAGCCCCCCACUUGGUACAAAUAUGGACGGACCAGCCCAAGUUGAGAGGGUUUUCUCUUGCUCACUUCAAGAAGGUCAAUUUCGCCCUAGCUUUUUCCCGCUUCUCAACACUCUCUCUCUCUCUCUCUGUAGAAACCUUCAAGAUUAAUGGAGCCGACUGAGAUGAAAUUGUUAUAGCAAUUUCCGAAAUCAAGUCUUCCAGAAAUCCAUCGAAGCAGUCCAACAUCACUCACUGGUAUGGUAACAUUCAAUUUUUAGCAUCAAAACUUGUUUUGUGUCUUCUGCUCGUUUUAAAACCCUAAGUAUUAGAUAAUUACAUUUCUAUUUAGGGUUCAUUUUAACUUUUUUUUGACCAAUUUUUGCUCUAGUCUGGUAUAUAAGAAGAGUUGUCUGUGUGGAAGAGCAGUCUGAUAGGAAAUGAAAAACAAGUUCUAGGUAUUGCUAUAAAUAGUUUUACUUACUCUAGUCUGGAAUUUUAAGAUUCUCUAACUUCAGCCUUUUAUCUGUUACGCUUUUAAGAUAAUGGAUUUGAUAAAUGGGAAGCUAAUGAAGGGACAGAACAGCGUAAGUGGGGCAGAAGAAGAUAGGAUCAGUUUAUUACCUGACUCGCUUCUUCAUUACAUCAUUUCCUUUCUUGAUAACAAGUGUGUUGCUCGUACUAGCUUAUUAUCUAAGCGAUGGAGUCACAUUUGGACCUCUAUUCCUACCCUUGAUUUUCAAUUCCCUGACAAUUCUUCAGAGACCACUAAAUUUAUGGAUUUUGUAGAUAGAACGUUGCUUCUUCACGAUUUCUCAAGUAUAAAGAAGUUCUCUCUCCACUGGUUUUGGAGCGAGAAUCAUUUGAAUGCUUGUAAGAUUAAUUCAUGGAUUUCUGCUGUCAAAAAGCAUAAAGUUGAAGAGAUCAGUAUUUUUCUACACCAACUGCUCCCCGGUUCUAUUCCUCUGGCUCUUUUUACUAGUAAAUCACUAGUUACUUUGGAGCUAAAUAUACAACCGAAUAUCUGUCUUCCCGUGUACAUCUCUUUUCCGAUGCUCAAACGUCUUAAACUUUGUGAAGUCAAAUUCAGCGACGAAUGGUCGAAUGGGCAGCUCUUUUCUAGUUUCCCAGUGCUUGAAGAUUUGGUUCUGGAAUGCUGCACUUCUCAUAUGAAGAAUUUCUGUAUUUCAAUUCCUGCAUUGAAACUCUUGACAUUUGAAAAUCAUUAUGAACAGGAAGAUUGUUUAAAAGAUUGCUCUCUCAGGAUUCAUGCACCUAGUCUUGUUUUUCUAACUUAUCUGAGUGGUGUUCCGAAGGAAUUUAUCUUGUCUGCCUUUCCAACACUAGUUGAAGCAGAGGUUUCAUUUUUGGUUGACGAAGAUUGUUAUGGUUAAACAUGAGAGCAAAGGAUAGGUCAUGCUGCAGCUAUAAGUGGAUUUCUUCGAGCGCUUGAACAUGUAAAACAUCUAUCUAUCUCUGAUGAAACCCUGCAGGCUAGGCCCUCUCCUUUGCAGAUGAUCGGUUAAACAACUUGCCAACAUUUCUUAAUGUUAAACAGUUGACGAUAACCGAGGAAGUAGACACUGAUGAAAUAUUAUAUGCUGUACUUAAAGCAACACCAAAUGUGGAGUCACUCAUAUUUGAGAGGGUGAUGAUGACGGUGUGCAUAAUGAUGAUGGUGAAGAAAACCAUGACAAUGAAGCCAACAACUCUGUUGCGGUCGAAGAGGAAAACAACCACACCAAAAAAGACGAUGGUUGGAAGCUCGAAAUGGUUCAUACUGGACAUUUAUUUCUUCAUCUCAAAUCCGUCUGCUUUCAACAAUUUAUUGGGAAGGCGAGGGAGAUGAGGUGGGUCAAACUGAUUUUGAAGAAUGCAAAACUUUUGCAAACAAUGAUUAUCUCAUGCGGAACUGAUACUGCGGUGUGCUUUUCUAAUCCAAAAAGCAAAGAAGAGCUUAUGGUAGAGAUACCAAGUUUUGCAAGAGCCUCUUCAAGUUGUGUGUUCAAAUUCUCCUCUUUUAUUGAUGACUGAUAUAUUGAUCCCACACCUUUUGGAUGCUUGUCGUUUUAUCUCAGUUAUUGUAAGUUGAAAAAUCUGGUAAAUUGUAAUCAUCUUUGUUAUAUUGAUUCCUCCUACCUCUGCAAUUAAGUGCAGGA